UUCACUCUGGGUCGUGGUUACAUUCGCUGCUAUGGCAGGCACGACACCUGUUAUAAGGCUGCAGUGUUCAGCACGAGUCGAAUAACUCACAAAUUCCUCCCUAUUGCGUCUUGAACAAGAUCGCAUCUCCGACAGACCAUGUCUCCUCCAAAGUUCAGAGUUGCUAUUGUCGGAGGUGGUGUUGGCGGCAUCACCUUAGCCGUUGCCCUGUCCAAAUAUCCGGACAUAGCUGUCGACAUUUAUGAACGUGCCUCGCAGUUCGCCGAGGUUGGCGCUGGCGUGAGCUGCUGGCCAAGACCUUUCAAGGUGCUCAAGAAGCUGGGACUGGGCGAUGCGCUACUGAAGAAGACGCCCGUACCGUACAUUGAAGACGAGUAUGUGAAUGCAAUGAACUUCCGAAGGAGUGAUUUGGAGCAGGGAGAGUAUUUGUUCACGUUGAAGUCGAAAGGUAACAAUGUACAGUUUCACCGCGCUGACUUCCUUGGCGUUCUGGUGGACAAUGUUUCGCCAUCCGUGAAGACGCAUAUGUCCAAGCGGAUCGUGUCUUAUACCCAGUCUACCGGUAACCCUUCGGAACCCAUCACCCUUACAUUUCACGAUGGGUCAACUGCGACAUGCGAUAUCCUUGUCGGCGCCGACGGAGUAAAGUCUACCAUCCGAAGAGGCAUGAUGCAGGAUCUUUCUCGUGACCCAGACGCCCUCAAGAAGUGCAGCGCGGAGGAGUAUCUCGCCUGCAUCGAGCCAGUGUUCAGCGGUGCCGUAGCCUACCGCACACUCAUCCACGCGGAUAAGAUUCGAGCUGUUGAUCCCAACCACCGCGUGCUUAACGGGGUAUGGACGUGCUUUGGCGCGAAUAAGAACGUCGCGACGUACCCGAUCUCCAUGGGAAAGAUCGUGAACUUUGCCGCGUUCACGGUCGACAAGGAUCUUAUGGCCGACGCGUUCAACCCCGAUCCAAGUCACCGCCAGUUGUUCGAUGGCGACUGGGUCCGGCCCGCUUCAGCAAAAGAGUUUACGGAGAAGUUUAGAGGGAUGGAGAAGGACAUUGAGGUCCUGCUCGAUUUGGUCGAAGAUGGAAGUAUCUGGGCUGUCCAUCUAGUCCGAAACUUGCCGGUGCAGGUACACGGGCACGUUGCCCUGUUGGGUGACGCCGCUCACGCCAUGACACCCUUCCAAGGCUCGGGCGCAGGACAAGCGGUCGAGGACGCAUACAUACUCGCCACGCUCCUCGGGCAUCCACGCACCACGCUUGCCACAGUCUCGCAAGCUCUAGUCGUAUACGACGAGGUCCGCCGUCCGUUUGCGAUUGGUGUCGCCAGGGGGUCCCAAGAAGUAGGUCGGAUCUCGGGUCUGCAGACGGGCCUCCCGUUCUCCGAAAUCGGGGAAAAGAUCACCGGGAUCAACAGUUGGGCAUGGGAGACCGAGAUUGACGGUGCGGUGAAGGACGCGAAGAGGAUGUUUGAAGAGCGGGUGUAG